AUGCCCGCAGAUUCUUUAAGAUGCACCUCUGCUUUAACAGUUAUUCUGGCAUUUGUUUUCCUAGUCAUUACUGUAUACAUCGAUGUGUUUAAAUUGGUGAAAGGCUCUAUUGGAAUGCCCAGAUUGCUUCCCGAUAUUACUGAUAUUAAUUCAGCUUGGAAACUCUUUACCAUCGUCCGUGUUCUUGUGGCCGCAUAUGUCUACCAUUUUAAUGUGAGCUUCCAGUUCUUCAAAACUCACAACCCUUUGGCAUCAGGAAUGCAUCUGGACAAGUAUCGAAAGAAGCACGUACAUAAAUCUAUGUUGAAGUUUGAUUCAACCCCCAUCUUAUACACUGCAGAGCCUCUAGUUUACAGUCAAAAUGUUAGUAUCAAAAGUGCUCGUUUAGCCAUUAAAGCAACUGGUGCACCAUCAUCUCGUCCCAAAAGCUGGGUUCCACUACAUUUGGUUAUAUGUGUCAAGACAUUGAGGAAGAAAUUCAAUUGUCCCCAACACCUUACUUCGGCUAAAAGCAUAAAAAGAACCAAAGAUAUUCAGAGAUGCCAUGACCAGGCCAUUUAG